UGCUGAUUGCUUAGAGGAGCAGAUAUUUAUAAAAAAGGCUUCUUUGAUGCUCAGAGGUCAUUAUUCUGGUCCUGGAACCAACAAAAUGAUGUUUUAAAUGAUUCAACUUGUUUCUGGGUUAUUCGGUGUCAACAGCUCUGCUUGAGAAUUUACAUUUCCCCAGAUGACACUUCUGAAGUGGAACAACGUCUUCAUUAGACGUUUCCCUUCGUUAUUUAAAGUCCUCGACAGCCUGCUGAGGCGCUGCUGUGUCUGACAGCCAUGUUGGCUUUCUUAAUUAGAAACGACCCCAUCAGUCCUGUAAAUGUCUUCAUGAGAGCUAAAGGAAAAGCUUCGUCACAAAGGUUCGUUUGGCCAACCAACGACCCACUUACCCACCAAACUACCAAUAAACUAAUAACCAGCUGAGCAAAUCAUCACUCACACAACCUACAUACCAACCAACCAGCCAACCAACCAACCAACCAACCAGCCAACCAACCAGCCAGCCGACCAACCGACCAACCGACCAACCAACCAACCAGCCAACCAACCAACCAGCCAACCAACCAACCAACCAACCAGCCAACCAACCAACUAUUAAGCUUGGAAGUUGGAAGUUGUAGCUGGAAAUUACAUCACAACCGAGCUGACAGCGUCCCAGUGCAACAAGUUGGAACACCAGUCAGCUGUUGCUAGUCACUGAUAGCAACGCCAGUUGCUCCUCUCUGGUGAAGCUGUAUAGCUAUGGUGUAUGCCCGGUCAUCGAACACAGUUGGUGUCAAUCCCUCCCUUUACUCUCCAUCUUUCAUGUAUCAGAUGUCAUUUAACUACUCCGAGAGGGUAAACUCGACUGUCCUGGCAACCUCACCUACAACCCCCCCCUGCAGCCUCGAGGGCUCGUCCUCUGGCCAGCCCAACAGGACCUCCGUCUCCUAUGAGCUGACUUCCGGGGAGGUCGCUGUCCUGGGUUUGGUGUUUGGAGUUCUCUGGCUGGUCUCCAUCCUGGGAAAUGCCCUCGUCUGCCUGGUCAUCCACCGGAGCCGGCGGACUCAGUCCACCACCAACUACUUUGUGGUGUCUAUGGCCUGUGCAGACCUGCUCAUGAGCCUGGGUUGUGCCCCCUUCAUUCUGUUGCAGGUUGCAUCAGGACGAUGGCCGCUGAGCGCCGCCGCCUGCAAGGCUGUUCGCUACCUGCAGCACCUCUGUCCAGGUGUGCAGGUCUAUGUCCUGCUUUCCAUCUCUGUAGACCGCUUCUACACAAUCGUCUACCCCCUUAGCUUCAAGGUGUCCAGAGAGAAAGCGAAGAAGAUGAUCCUGGCAUCGUGGCUGUUUGAUGCAGCCUUCGUGUCACCCUGCCUCUUCUUCUAUGGUUCCACCUCUACAGGCAGCAGCCAUUGUGACUUUUUCCUUUCCGACACCUGGGGCAGUAUAGCUUAUGCUGCCAUCCACCUCCUGUUUGGUUUUUUGGUCCCAGUGGCGGUGAUCAUGUCGUUCUACCAGCGGGUGAUACGUUACAUCUGGAGGAUCGGUGCUGAUGGCCACACGGUGCGCCGGACAAUGAACAUCGUUCCACGGACUAAAGUCAAGACCAUCAAGAUGUUCCUCAUGCUCAAUUCAGUUUUCUUCCUCACCUGGACACCCUUCUUCAUCGCCCAACUGUGGCACCCCAGGGAGUCUGAUGGACCCAGCAGGCAGGGGCUGCUGUUCUUUACAGCCAUCGCAUGGAUCUCCUUCAGCUCCACAGCGUCCAAGCCAACCCUGUACUCUGUCUACAACGCAAACUUCAGAAGGGGCAUGAGGGAAACAUUCUGCAUGUCAUCCAUGAAAUGCUACCGCAGUAAUGCGUACACCAUCACUGCGAGCUCUCGGAUGGCCAAAAAGAACUAUGUUGGGGUGGUGGACAUCCCAGUGCAAGCAAAGACGGUCACCAAGGACUCAGUGUAUGAUACAUUUGACCGUGAAGCAAAAGAAAAGAAGGUAGCCUGGCCAACUAACGCCAACCCUCCAAACACGUUUGUCUGAGGUGUUAAAAUUGUGAAUGUACAAACAUGAACAAGUUUGAAACUGUUUUCUUCAACAACACAACGCUGGCACGAUUACAGUAGAGCUAGCUGGAACAUGCUAGCCUCAUAUUCAACAAAGACAACAGCUCACAGAUGUGUUCAGUUUGUAUAAAGGGCUUUUUCUGAUGUAACACACCUUCUGGCAGCCAUAUUGGAGGUUCUCAACAGUUGUGAACAGCUAAUAACUUUUAUACUUAAGAUCUGAAUCAUGAUUUAUUUCUGUGUUGUUUUUGGUGGGUUGUUUUGCCAUUGUUGCAUCUGAUUUUGUGUUUUGAUAAUGUCAGCUUGUUAGCUAACUGUAGUCUGUGGCCAUCUAUAAAGUGACCUGUUGUAAAUCCAUCUGAUUUGCUACAGUAAUGUAUGUGGUAGAAGCUAACAUUAGUAUUGGCUACUAGCCAACUGUUAACAUUGACAUCAUCUGCUUUGCUACAUUAAGAGUAAUGGUGAGUUGGGAAGCCAAUCAAGCCCCAAGAAUAGUUUGUUAAGGUCAACUGAGCUGGACCAUGUUAAUGUAAAGAUCAAAGUUAUAGAGAUGGUACAUUUGCAAAGAGUGAGGAGGAAAAGGAACCAUAAUGUUCUUGGUUAAAAGUAAAAGUCUUGUUGGACUAAUAACAGAAUCUGAGGUGACUUUAAGCACUGCAAAGGCUUUGAUGGAGAUGAAACAUGAAACUGUCCUCAGCGAAUUCCUCAGAUGAAAUGAUGAACAACUGUGGGAGAAAGAAUUUAGUUCUUUGAUAAAAAAGGUCAAGAAAUCUGCAGAUAUAAAAAUGAAACCUCCAAGGUACAUUUCUGUAAGAAACAACCAACCACAAAACUUUGAAAUCCGUUGUGUGGUUUGUUAACAGAGAGCCAAAGAAAAAAUGUUUCUAGCAUAAGACUGUAGACACCAGAUAGAACAGUUUAAGGAAUUCAAUUUUACAUUCUGGAUCAGUUUUGGAUGAAUUUGGUGAUUACUGGUGGCUACAGCAUUAUUUAGAAAACCUUAGAAUAUAUUGUUUGACGGUUUUUACUACUAGUGCCUACCUUUCAAAUUUUGGAUGUUGGCUAGAAGCAAAGUUGAAAACUUCGACUUCAACAGAGAAGUCUCACCGCUAGCUGUAUUUUUCUAAAAGUUGUCUUGAAUGUUCGGUGGCUGUUUUGGAAAUCUAUUUCUCUUUAAACAUAUCAAUCAAAUUACAAAUAGCAUAUCUGCAAAUAUAUCAUGCAGUCAUUUAAUUAUGCUUUAUAAUAUAUCUCAAUUUCUGUCCUUGUUGGGACUUGUUGAAUGUGUUGGCUUAAAAAUGUGGGGUUCUGAGUUUUUUCUUGACUUUGGAAACAGUUGUUAACAAAACAAUUCCACCUUGAGGUGCAUUUAGUACUUUUUUAUGUAGUAUUUAUGCUGUUUCAAAGCAGUUGCGUCAUUUUUGAUCUAUACUUCUAAACCGACAAAACAAAUGUGCUUGGUGUCAGUGACUAGCAUUACGUAGCUAACUAGCUAGCUACAGAGACACAGCAACAAAUCAAACCUUUGUUAGAAGUUUCUUGAUGGGAGAGCCUUACGGCGUCCUGGAGGAUAUUUUCCUUUCAUUUGCACAUGAGAUUAGAUUCUAAGAAUGAGAUGUUCUUAGGUGAGUCAGUAACUAGCAUAACUAGCUACGUAAACUGGCUAAAUGCAUAAAAAAUUGCAACACAAAAAUUGCCACAGGUCUAUUUCUACAAGUAUAUAUUUUUUCAUCAUGUGCACAGAUGAUUAGUCUCCAAAGACAAGAAUAAGAGCAGUCAAUAACUAGCAUAACUUGCUAACUAGCUUGCUACGUAAAUGCUGGCUUCUUGUAUGAAACACAGCAACGGAACGAGUGCCGCCUUUGUUGAAAGUUUCUUUUUAGAAAGGUUUUCAAGAAGUAAAUACACAUUUAUAGGGAGCCUCAUGACAUCCUGAAGGAUAUUUUUUUCCCAUGCACACAACAUUAGAUUCUAAAGAUGAGAAGUCCAUAGAGGAUUCAGUAUCUAGCAUAACAAGCUACUUUGUUAGCUACGUACAAAGCAACAGAAAAACAGCCAAAAGCUUUUGUUAGAAGUUCUCACCUAGAGUAGAUAUUCAUAGGAAGCCCUUAUAAUGUCCUGAAAGAUCAUUUUGAAUCCUGUGUGCACAAGAUUCUCAAAAAUGUGUAUAAUUUGGGGCAUUUGGGGCUCAGAACAUGCAGGUCAGCACACCCCAUUUAUAACCUAUCAGCUACCAAUGAAAGGAAACAGCCCUGCAGGAACAUCGUGAAACUGUUUGCAGACGACACCCGACUAUCAGGUCAGACUAGUGACUCGAGUUUUCACAAAACGCGACAAGCUUUUUCAGACGUGGCUACUCAACACUGACAACAGAUCACCAGCUCAAUCAAACUCAUGAAGAUGUUUAUAAUACUGAAGGAUUUCUCAGGUAGCACAGUCUGCAGUCAGUGGCCUACCCUUAUUUUACUAAUGGCGACGGGGCAGUUAGGAAGAAAUGUAUUCAUAGUAUUUGUCACACAUGAAGUUAUAUGAACUUGUUCUGGUUUAUGUUUAUUCCCAGUGAGAUCUGAGAUAAAACCAUUGAAGAUUUUGUCGCUGCCGAGGUCAAUAACGUCUGUACACACCGUGCUUUGGUGAAAAUAUAAAUAAAUGUAUCUACAAAUA